AUGCCGACCCUGAUGUUUUCGUUACUGCUCAUCAUCGCGCACGCCGAUUGGGCGGACACCUUUUCGAUCAUCGGAGACCCGGACGAGCUAUCGACUCCGCCGCCGCUCUCCGGCGAAGCCGGUGCGGGCGGUUUCUCCGAUUCAUCUUUGUCCCGUUGCCAUCAUCGAGGCCUCGUGGGCAUAAGGGAGCUGGCUUGUUAA